GCGGGCCUUUUCGAAAGACUACAUUUCCCACGAGGCUGCACGACAUUGCCCGGCCUUCCGGACUACAUUUCCCAUGAGGGUUCGCGCCAUGGCCCCAGCCUCCCGACACACCCUGCGUGCUUUACCCGCCAGCUUUGGCUUCUCCCAGGGAGCGUCAGGCGAUGGAGAGCAGCGACCCAAUCGUUGGAAGGCAGCGCGUCCACCUACGUCCCGCUACUCUGCGGGACGCAGCCCCGGUCACGCUACACCUCCUGCCCUGCGAAGUCCUGGCGAACCGGCCCGCACCAGUGGAGCGGUUCUUCACGCCUGCCAUCCGUCAAGGCCCUGACGGACUCCAGGUGUCGUUCCGGGGCCGCAGCCUCCGGGGCGAGGAGGUGGCCGUGCCCUCUGGCCUCGCUGGAUACGUGAUGGUGACCGAGGGAAAGGGUGACGGGCUGAGGAAACAGGACUUCUCGGAGAGCCUGAAGAACGGCGGAGAGGAAGAGCAGGAGCCGCUGGAGCGGGACUUCGACCGCUUUAUCGGAGCCACUGGCAGUUUCAGCCGCUUCACCCUGUGGGGCUUGGAGACCACCCCCGGCCCAGAUGCCAAAGUUCAUGGGGCCCUGGCUUGGCCCGACCUCGCUGCAGCGAUUCACGCACAGGUGCCUGAGGACUGAGAAACAGCUUGAAAGCUACAGAUCUGUUCACACCAGUAACUUCACUUCACUUUGAAGCCACUGAUUUUGUUCUCCCAAUAAACAGCCUCUUCACAGCA